AUGGAUAUCACAUAAAAGUUCAUGAACAUUAGUAAAGCAAAAAUAAACAUCAAAAAUGAAAUUGAAAAGCCAAUUGAUGUUUUUAAUAAAUCUUCAUAAUAUAUUGUAUAUUGUAGAAUCAUUCUUAUAGCAUAAUAUGACAACUACUAUACUUUAAUUUAUGAAUAUUUAAAAAGACAAAUACACUGCAAUUACUCAUUUAUCAGGUCAUCCUUUUUCAGACAAAGAAAGAAAUGAAUUUGAUAACUAAGUUUCUACUUAAAUUACAAAUUGCUCUUAAAAAAUAAAAGAACUUUAAUAAAUGCAAUCAAAUUCAAAAACUAAAACGUAAAUUUUAUUAGUUUAUUAAGUGAAUAUGUACAUAAAGAAGUAAUAAUAAGUUGUCUAAUUGCUAAAUUAAAUCAAAUUAUUUUACUAUUUAGAGAAUUUAAAUAUUAUAGAUAGAAAUAAAAAUAAUAAAUUUCAUAAUACCCAAAAAAAAGAAUAAAUAUUAAUAUUGAUAAAAAAUAUAUGAUUGAAUUUAAAACUUAAAAUAUCCUUCAUCUAUCAAAUAGUAAACAAUCUGAUCAUUCUUUAAUAUAGAAUUUAUAAAUAUAAAAGCAAUAUUAGAAUGAUAUAAAUGAAAUAAUUAGUAUCAAAGAAUAAAUAAGUGAUAUUUGUCUCUUUAUUUAGAAUAUGCAAAAUUUAAUAGUUUAUUAAGAAAUGUAAACAGAAUAAAUAUUAUUAAAUGCUACAGAUAGUUUUAAACAUAUUGAAGCAGCUAAUAAUCAUCUUUUUAGUUCGGUUAUUUUAAAUGAAUAAUUAGGUUCACAAAUAGGAUCAUUCUUCUUUUUUAUGGGAAUUAUAUUAUUAAUAUAUGAUUUUAUACAUGCUUGA